AAAGCGUUAGAGGUCGAACUUCGCUCUUCGUAGUUACACGCGUUUUUUUUUUUUUCUUGGCAGAACUCACUGAAGUCUAGUCCCACCUCGUGCUAAAGGAAACAUGGAUUUGACGGCUACAAAUCACUCUGUCACCAUGAGUAGUGGGUUCAAAAUUCCACUCAUGGGUAUAGGAACCUAUGGAGACCCUCGAACAACUCCUAAGGGAACUGCAUAUGAAUCGGUCAAGUUGGCCAUUGAGAUUGGAUAUAGGCAUAUUGAUGGAGCAUUAGUAUAUUUCAAUGAGCAUGAGGUGGGUCAAGCUAUACGAGAGAAAAUUGCUGAUGGAACUGUGAAGAGAGAGGACAUUUUCUACUGCGGAAAGCUAUGGAACACUUUUCACCCUCCAGAGCUUGUAAGACCAGCACUAGAGCGAACUCUCAAAACUCUGCAGCUGGAAUAUGUGGACCUCUACAUCAUCGAAUUGCCCAUGGCUUUCAAGCCAGGAGAUACCUUCUAUCCCAAAGAUGAGAAUGGAAAGAUUGUUUACCAUGAGACAGACCUUUGUGCUACAUGGGAGGCCUUAGAAGCAUGCAUAGAUGCAGGGCUGACGAAAUCUCUCGGGGUGUCUAACUUCAAUAAGCGACAACUGGAGCUGAUCCUGAACAAGCCUGGUCUAAAGUAUAAACCUGUGACAAACCAGAUUGAAUGCCACCCAUACUUCACUCAACCUAAAAUGAUGCAAUACUGUAAGCAGAAUGAUAUCAUCAUUGUUGGCUACAGCCCUCUAGGAACAUCCAGAGAUCCGUCCUGGGUGAAUUUAAAGAAUCCUCCUUUGCUAGAAGACAAGCUUCUGGUGGCCAUUGCCAAGAAAUAUAAUAAGAACACAGCACAAAUUGCCCUGCGGUUCAAUGUCCAGAGAGGCGUGGUGGUCAUUCCCAAAAGCUUCAGCCCUAAGCGCAUCAAGGAAAACUUUGAGAUAUUUGACUUCUUUUUGACUGAUGAUGAAAUGAGAGCAAUAGAAGGUCUGAACAAAAAUAUCCGAUUUGUGGAGCUUCUCAUGUGGAGUGAUCACCCGGAAUACCCAUUCCAUGAUUAUUAUUAGGUAUUGUAAUGUAAACAGAAACAUUAUCAACAAUUAACAGCUUUGCACCAUUUAAACAUGAUAUAUAUUUGGUUCUGUAUUUAGUAUGAUAACAUUUGAUUUUACUAUGUGCAA